AUGUCAGGACCUGGAUUUUUGGAUUACCUGGCGGUGGCCCAGAUGGUCGUUUUUGCGCCUUUGCUGCUGCUGCUGAUGGCCGUCACGCUACGAGUCCUCCGCUGCAAUUUGCUGCAUGAUCUGCUGCAGAAUCACAUUGAAUGUAUUCACGAGGCGCAACGGCUGCGGCGUAUCCUCAAGCGCUUGGCCUUCAGCGGCAUGUGCCUGACCGCGCUGCUGGCGAUCUGGGGCAUGGUUGGCUAUCUGCCCGGGUUCUUCUCCACGUACUAUGUUGAUCGCAACACGAAUGGCGGUUCCGAUGUGCUGAUGGCCUUCGGGGUCAUCGGCUUUGUUCAUGGUGCUGCCUUUAUUCUGGUUUGGCCACUGGCUAUUGGGCUUUUCUUCUGCGUGCUAUCCGUCGUCUUCACUGUGCAGGAGCUCUUCUUCAUGGGUCUGGUCUCCAGCUUCAACGAGCUGCAUUCAGAUAUUGCCCAUUCCGGCCUGCAGGUCGUGGCGGCGAACCCCGCGGGCAUGAACAUCAAAGAGACGGACCUUUACCGGUUCCAGGAGCGGUACCUGAAGUGUUGGGGGCUCUACAAAAAGAUCCAGUGGCGGCUGGCCGCGCCCUUUUUGGUCUUCUGGGCGCUGGAGGUGCCGUUGAUGGGCUGGUCCAUUUGGAGCCUCUCCCAGGGCUUUGGCGGCCAGACGGAUCAGCGGGCGACUCGUUUGAGAGACCACUGGCCUCUCGUCGUCCGCUGGGCCUGGCUGAUGGCAAAUUCACCAUGGUUCGGGGCAGGCUGUUACGUUCUUGGCCUUCUGCCGUGGGGCAGCAUAUUCUAUGCGUCUCUAAUCAGGAGAUACUGCCGGCGCCUCUUGUUCACGAACAUCAACCUCAGGACUGUGUUCUUAAGAUUUGUUGCAGACCUGGAGUUGGAGUUUGGCGUCCUCCUGCUGCAAGCGACUCCCAAAGCUUUGGUGGUGGUCAUCCCGAUCUUGCUCGUGAACACGCUCGGAUACAUCGCGGACGGCACCCGGCUGCUUGUGGCACUGUCCCAGAAGCAGCUCCCCGGGCUCCAGUCCUUUGCCACCGCCCGGUCCUGCUGCGCACUGCUGGCAGCGUACCAGCCGCCUCAGGAUGCACUGCGCAGCCGCCUUGGCUCCGAGCCUGGAGAAGGAAUAGAGGAGUUAUCCGAAGAGCUUCAGCACGUGCUGUCGCUGGAGGAGUUCAAGGACUUUGGCUUGGGUGUGCAGCUGGUGACAGACCUUGGUGAGCAGGCGAUGCACUCAGUGGAAAGCUUCCUGGGGGAGCGGCCUCCUAGCCAGGCUUGGGGCCACCUCUCCCAGACGGGGUCCUUCAUGCUGCGUUUGCCCGGGGCGCGACCCAUGGCUGCUGCUUUGCUGCUCAACAAGUCUGGGCGCAAGCGGAGUGGACAGAAGGUAGGAAAAGCCGUGCUUCAUGCUAUUGCAGCAGCACGGUGA